AUGACCCCUUAUGCUUUCACCUAUGGCCAUGAUGCAAUUCUGCCUAUGGAAAUAGCAGUCCAGUCUCUCAGAAUAGCUCAUCAACACAAUCUGGUUGGGGAAGACUAUUCCCAAGCCAUGCUGCUAGAACUGGAAGGAUUGGAUGCAAGUAGGAUUGAUACCCUUAACAAACUCUUAGCAGGAAAGCAGGCUGUAUCAAGAGCCUACAACAAAAGAGUUAAAAACAAGAGUUUUGAAGAGGGAGAAAUAGUUUGGAAAGCAGUUCUGCCCCUUAGAACACAUAUAGCUGGUUAUGGAAAGUGGUCACCUACAUGGGAAGGUCAUUUCAUAAUUAAUUAG